CAUGAAUAAGGCGUGAAGGUGACGGCGUCGUAUCGACUAUCGAGUGUAAGAAACUAAGAAAGACCUCCGUCUCCCUGAAAGCCUCUGCUCUCCCGCAACAAGGAAAGCUUGCUCUUCAGUCUUCAACUCUUCAUCGACAAAAAUCUCCCACCUUCGGUUCCAACCAUGGAAAAUCAAGGUCCCUCACUUGAUGACUGCUUGAAGCUGUUAAAGGGAGAGAGAGACGAGCAACGCCUCGCAGGUCUCCUUCUCGCCACCAAGUUCUGCAAGAACGAUGAUGUCGACUCCAUUUUAAGGGUUUACAAUGCCCUCGGCAACACAUUCUUGGACCGCCUUCUCCGAACCGGGAUGGGGAAAGGAAGUACAAGCAAGAGUCGCCAAGAUAACCAAGAUGCUUAUCUACAAUUAUCUGUCACAAUUUUAGCUGCAUUCUGUAGGGUUUCUAAUAUUGCUUCUUCAGAUGAUAUGGUGAAGAAGAUUCCACUCAUACUGGAAGUUCUUUCUAAAGAAUUAGGAGCAUCACUUGUUGAAGAAUGCUUUGAAUUUUUAUACUUAGUGUCAGCAGCCCACACAGAUGGUUCUAGAAUCUUCUACGAGUCUGGAGGCAUGACUGUGUUAGCUUCUCAGAUGCCUAAUUUACCAGAUGGUUCUCAUACAAUGGAGCUAGCAAUGAAACUCCUUCAGUUGACCACAAGUAAACUUUCCCUUGACACAAUUACAAAGGAGUACUGUUCAGAAUUGUCAUCAGUGGUCAUAGUGUUAGCAAAGCAGUUUGCUUUAUUGCAUAAUGCCCUAAAGUUUGAGGCACUUCAUCUUCUAUCAAUGAUCCUCUCCUCAAUAUAUGCUGCACCUGUGCAUGAAACUCUACGUGCAAUGAGCAACUUGACUUGGUCAACUUAUUUGCGUGUUGGUGUUGUAGCAGUUUUGCAAAAUCGUGUUGCACCUGAUCAAAGGCUUGAGGCUCUUAUUUUGGCUGAAUCUGUGAUGUGUAUUGCUGGUGAAAGGUGGCUUAUUGGGCAAACAAACUCACCUGACACACAAGAUCCAAUUCCAGCUGACAGGUGUACAUUGCUUGUUUUAGAGUCAUCUAGAGUGGAAAUUGCUGUUCUUCUGAAUGAUUUAGCAUAUUUGAAAUAUGAAAAGAUUAAAGACUCAUUAGAUGCUGAAUCGGUUCUUUUAAAGCAGAGAAAUCUUGGCAUUGCAUUUUCGUUAGUGGAGAAGACGAUCAAAUUGAUAUCAAGUGUUGCUGAAGAUGAAGGUAAUAUCAUCAGUGACAUGAUGUUCACAAAGAUCAUAACUGGACUUAAUGAGACUGUUGGUUUGAUACUGGAGUAUCUUCGAGAUGCCAAGGAUCAUGGACAACAUAAAGGGAACGAUCUUCUUGCUUCUGUGAGAAUAGUUGGGAGUUACCUUGCAGAGACUCCAGGUGCAUGCAAUGACAAAUUGAAGGAGCUUUUAGGGUAUAUGGUUUUAGUUGAAGGUGAAGAUGAACACAGCUCCUUCUCUUCGGUUUGCUUCUUGCUUCCGAUGCUAUGCCAGAUAACAAUGGAGAUUGAUGGAUGUCGGUUAUUAGCCUCUUCUGGAGCAUAUAAAGCAGUGGUAGAGUGUCUAAUUAGGUUGGUUGAGGAAGAUGGUGGGACAGUUGAGGAGAAUGGUCCCAUUUUCUUGGCAUGUGAUACCAUCUUAAAUCUUCUUUUGAAGAGAGAAGAGAUUGGGGUCCACAUGGAUGAUUCUUAUUAUAUCAGGCUAUUGGGGGUGUUGUCAUCAUGGGCAGAGGAUGUUGUCGACUUGUCUAGUACCAUGAUGGCUGCAAGCAUCUGCUCUCUGAUAUUAGAUUCAACAUCUGAAGCGGUUCUUGAAUGCCAUCCAAGUUUUAAGGUUAAUAAUCUAACAAGUUUAUGCCACCUCAUCAGGAAAAGUAUGACAUCAUAUGGUAAAGAUAGCGAAGCCGAGGCGGAUCUUGUUCAAAUAGUUGUCUCGGGAUACUCAAGGUGGGCUGAUAGGUAUCCUCGUGUUAAAGCAGCUGUUGAGGGAAGGAACAUGGGGAAAAAAACAGUUUCAAGAAUGGUUUUCUGUAUGUUUAAUUCUGUGGAAUGUUGGUUAUAUUUGUCACCAGGCAUUUAG